GGGGGGCUGACCAGGAACCCAGCUUCCUGCUCAGUGCCCAGCCAUCCAUCCCCCAGCUCACCCCCACCCCUUCCAGCCCCCACUCCCCUCAGGAACUCAAGGUUCCGGCCCUCCUCCCGAAUCCCAGCCACCCCUCCCCCAUCGGUUUCUCCCCGAAAGGGGAUGGAGGCUGAGAGACCCCAGGAAGAAGAUGGUGAGCAGGGAUCCCCUGAAGAUGAGUUGGGCUGGCCCCCUCUGAACUCCACCAUUCGGCCUUGGCGAUCUGCUCCCCCAUCCCCUCCUCCUGGAACCCGCCACACAGCCUUGGGGCCCCGUUCGGCCUCCCUGCUUUCCCUGCAGACUGAACUCCUUUUGGACCUAGUGGCUGAGGCCCAGUCCCGCCGCCUAGAGGAGCAGAGGGCCACCUUCCGAGCCCCCCAGAAUCCCUCAAGCCUAACUCCAGCCCCACCCCGGCCCCUUGAGGACAGAGAGCAGCUCUAUAGCACCAUCCUCAGUCACCAGUGUCAGCGCAUGGAAGCCCAGCGAUCAGAACCACCCCUCCCACCAGGGGGGCAAGAGCUCCUGGAGUUGCUGCUGAGAGUUCAGGGAGGGGGCCGAAUGGAGGAGCAAAGAUCCCGACCCCCAACACACACCUGCUGAGACUUGAGUCGCCAACCAGCCCCUCCUCCCUCUUGGGGCUCAAAGCUGGGCAGCCAAUACAGCUCUCAACCCUGCCUGCCAGGGGUACCAGACUGGAAGACCCAGGAGAAAUUACAGUGAUCACCACUCUCAGCACCUUCUCUGGGAACUGGAGGGGGUGGAAGUCAUCAAACCCUGGGAAUAGGCAAGGUAGGAUGGUCAUUGAAUUUCCUCAAGUAUGCUGGAACUUGAGGCAGAAAGAGGAUCCCAGUCACCCAUCUCAGGCAGUGACUGCGAGUCCCUGUCCUGAGCUGUCUAGCUACUAGGAAGGGUGUGAGGGCUCAGGCCUUUCCCUCCCAAGAAAAGGCAAGUUUCUCAAAGGUUAUCACUUGAGAGACAGCUCUAUCCUCCUUCUCAGUAGGAAGAAAAGGAGGGUGGGCACAGCAAAGAGAGAUCAAGAGUAUUUUCCCACCCCUGCCUUGGGCACCAUCUAGCACUCAAGACAGAGGGGCCCUAGCGGCUGUGAACGGACCUUUAGACUGCCCACCCUCCGCUCCCCACUGCUGCUGGGUCUGUUCGAUGUUUUGGUUGUAUGAAUAAAUGUAAUUCCCCUCUGGA